GUCUCGAGACCAAUGCAUCUGAGGGGAUCCUAAACAAAAACACGCUAUUUAUUAUUUACUGCGAUCAAAAAUUCAAUUUACUGACCACAAGACGCGUGGGAUCGGAUAUCUGAGGGGAAUAACGGAAACAUCCCAUCUGACAUUACGGAUUUAAAGAUGAGGAAAUAUUUCCAUCUCAAGAAGCUCGACUGUCAGGAUUAGCGAAUGAAAGAAAGUGAAAAGAAAAUACGAGUUUUGCUUCGAGGUGUUCUCGUUAAGAGCACGUUUUUUGGGGAAGACUUGUUAAGUUUGUGUGAAGGGAAACUCCGUGGACGCGCUCCGGGCUGAUAUGGAGAGGAUGCGCGCGCUCGGGGGAAGUUUAUUUCUCCAGAUGUUUGAACAAAACACCUCGUUGGCUGGAUUAUGACAUGACGACUCAAAGCAUUUUAUGAAGUAAAUAAAGUAUUUAUGAACGGAUCCGCUACAGUAAAGCGGGAAUACGCGAAGGAGAGAGAGCGCUGUGCGCGCGCGCGCGUAAUGGACACGUAACAUCAAGAUUUCAGCACACAGGCUUUAACUGGCGUAGCGAUGAUUGCGACUGGAGGCGUGAUCACAGGGCUUGCUGCGUUGAAGAGACAAGACUCCUCUCGUUCUCAGUUUCAUCUGGCCUCUCAGAGCCCGGCGCCUGCAGCCCAGAAGAAAGCAUGCAAGCGUAAACCUCGAUCCGAUGUGGUGGUGGUGAGAGGGAAGAUCCGGCUGUACUCGGCUUCAGGUUUCUUCCUGGUUUUGGGAGUCCUGAUUCUCAUGGCAGGCAUCGCCAUGGCCGUUUUAGGAUACUGGCCUCACAAAGACCACCUGAAGACACCCGAAAACAAGGUCUACACCAACGACACUCAAGCAGUGAGAGGACAGGUGGGCUCUCUGGCACAGUUCUUUGAAAAACAUCUACAUUCGGAGAAGAUGAAAAUGUUGGGUCCGUUCACCAUGGGCAUCGGGAUUUUUAUCUUCAUCUGCGCCAAUGCCAUACUCCACGAGAAUAGAGAUCGCGAGACAAAGAUUAUCCACAUGAGAGACAUGUACUCAACCGUCAUAGACAUUCACAGCCUGAGGAUCAAAGAGCAGAAGUGUGCCAACGGGACUUACGGGGGUCCCUACGGGGACACGGAGAUCCGUUCGUUCGCUCAGGACAGUCAGUUUGCCUCGCGACUUGCGGCUAACACGCUGAUGUCCUUCUCUCACAGGACCAACUCGGCUGAAGACGAGGAAGGUUUGAUGAGCGAGGCUAAAGGAGGCUUAAACCUGCUGUCGCCCACCUACAAGAAUCGUUCUGAAUCCAUUUUUGGGUUCCAGUCUGAAGGCGGCCGUCAGUGUGGCAGUGCGCUGAAGAAAUGCCAGACGCGCUCCAUCGUCUCCUCCUCCAUCAGCGCCUUCACGCUGCCCGUCAUCAAACUCAACAACUGUGUCAUCGAUGAGCCUGACAUCGACAGCAUCACAGAGGACCUGGAGCUGAACAGGGACGUCUCCGGACCUCAGUCUAUGGAAUCAUUAACUGUCCCUGUACCAGAUAUCGCCAAAGCUUUUAAACCACCCGGGGCCCAUCUGCUCCGGAGCAACUCCGCCACAGAAUCUUACAGCUCUGCGACUUCACAUUCGUCGCUGUCACCCGGAUCCAGCAGCGGUAGAUUCCUGUCACCCGGAGCAGCACGUAAAGGCUUUGGCUCCAAUAGCUCGCUCCACAUGUUCUCGGCUCAUUCCAAAUCUCUGGAUCUAGAGCGAGGGGCCGCCAUGCUCACCGUCCAGCCCGAGCAGAGGAAACACCCCAGCUGGCCUCGACUGGACCGCAGCAACAGUAAAGGAUACACUAAACUAGAAGACAGAGAUGACCCCAUGGACAGACUCAUAGUGCCCCCGGUGGCCGUGAAGAGGGAUUACACGAAAAAAGAGAAGCUUCUUAUGAUCUCUAGAUCGCACAAUAACUUGAGUUCUGAGCACGAUGAGUUUAUGAGCAACAGUCUGAAGAGAGGCACCUCAGAGACCAGAUUUUAACAUCUGAAAAGUUUAACGGUUGCGGACGCUGACUUUGAUACACAUGUGCGUGUGCGUUUCUUUAUGAAAUGACAAUGUGAACACGCUGAUAAAAAUCAUGAACUGAAAACUUCAACAAUUUCAGAAUAAUGACAUUUUUUAUAUUCCCCACAAAACAAUAAGAAAGUGAGCAGUGAUGAUGAACAGAAGCAUUGGUGCAUAGCAACACUUCAGGAGCAGAUUGAUGAAACAUGUGUAAAUGUGUUUGUGUUGUGUUUGUUCACAUUCACACAGGAGCAGUUAUCUGUUCUGAGUUCAGCUCGUGUGUAGUUUUACCACAGGGACUAGAAUUAUUUAUUGUUUAAUAGACACAGUUGAUAUUUUUGAAGACGACCUUUCAAUGUUUAGUUGAUUUGUUCCUUAGAAUAAACCAAACUUUACACAUAA